AUGCCGCCGAGGUCGUCCCUCACGUCUUCGUUUUCAAUCACGGAUGCCAACAAUGAGGUUAUCUGCCCCCUGCGGAACCAAGAUGGCUCCAGUUGUCGCAAGCGCUGUAUUGGGGAGAAGCGGUAUCGUUCUAUGCAGGAGCAUAUUCGCCGGGCUCACCCCGAGCACUACAUUGCCAAGCUGCCUGCGACCGAGGAGAGCUUCCUGCUCAUGAUCAACACUUCCCCCAGUGAGCGGCCUCAACCCCAACCCACUUCGGUCCCCCCACAUGCACACCAGACCAAAGGGGCUUCCCAUGGUUUUCGGCGAGAUGAAUCCAAUGGUGCGGGUACUCCACGAAGAUAUGAAGAGUACUCAGGGGGGGCCAUGUUCCCCGCGGCCGCUGCACUCGCCCAGCUGCACAACAACAAAAGCGAUGCGGGGUGGGAAUCCGAAAUAGACUGGCACUCCGACACGGAAGGGGCGAGAAGACCUAGGUCAUCCAUUGAGCUGCCACCAAUACAGCUGAUGAGCGCCGAUAUUACAAGUGCGCCGCUGCCGAGUCUCGAACCGGGCAGACCGCGCGACUUGCUGCCGUCCAUCAUGUCCCAUUCGCCUCCCGGCCGGUCUUCAACGCUCCCGCCACUUCACAGAUCGCUAGGUCCCAUUCGACCGCGGAAGCAAUCAAUAUCGAAACGGGCGCACCACAGGAGGAAAUCCAAGGGACCUGGGUCGGACUGGCUGCGUCGGAUACAGAACGACGGUACCCCGGACUUUCUCAGGCCCGGAAGCCAUGAUAGGAAAGCUCUCUCGGCCGAGCCGUCCGGAGACUAUGGUAAGCGGUGGGAGGAUCUGAUCGAUGCGGCGGCCUCGGCAACGGAAGACAUAGAUGAGGACAGAACUCCAGUGAGUUUCAAGUUCCCUUCAAUGCUCGACCCGCGCCUGACAGGCCAGAUGCCGCAAUCUCCGGUAUCCAUCCAGAGGUCGUCCCUGCCGCCUUUUGCCCAGAACGCUUUUACAAGCUACCAACAAUCCCCCCUCCAACGUGCUCUCACCCCUCCGUCAUACAACCCUGAAGCCCCUGAACCGUUUCCGUCGGUCGAGAGCGGCGAAAGCGGAGACACGUUCCAUAUCGAUUCGCGGGGUUUGUCCGACUCGUCCCCGAGCUACUCGUCUCAGAACACGCAGAUAUACUGCGCCGCCUGUCAGGGCAUCUCGCUGCUGAGGGAGUCGUACGCCUGUACCGAGUGCAUCUGUGGUCUCUGCCAGGCCUGUGUUGACGUUCUGAUGAGCGAGCAAGGCGCGCGCAGGAAGUGCCCCCGAUGCGCAACGAUCGGCGGCCGUUUCAAGCCGUUCCAACUCGACAUUCGGUAG